UAUUUGGAUUCUAAAAAAUAUUGCACGUACUUUUAAUACGAUAAGAGUAUUACUGUUUUUUAGUAUUUUAAGUUGAAAUCAUGGUAAAGUUUGUCUUAUGUAGAUUCUGUAAAUAAAUCUAUAAUGUAUAUAAUGAAGUAAAGUUUGUGCGCUCGUAAAGUUAAGCUUGGUGCAGAAGUGCAGUAAGUAUAAGACAGCUGAAAUGGAGUAUUCAGCUCAGAAUUUAGAAUAUGCAGUGUCUGUAUUCUACAAUGGAGAGCAAAGCGAAAGGGCAAAGGCCCACGCGUGGCUUACAACUGCGCAAAGAGUCCCAGAAGCUUGGAAUUUCGUGUGGGAAUUACUGCAACCCAGCAAGGGCACAGAGAUUCAGUUCUAUGCUGCAACAACACUGCACACUAAGAUCCUGCGCUGCUGGAAUGAGGUGCCACCGGAGAGUUACGAGGAGUUGAAGGAUAAAUUACUGCAGGCUGUAUUCACGUACUCCAAGGGCCCCAAGAUUGUUACUAACAGAUUAUGUAUCAGUUUGGCAGCAUUUAUCCUUCAGCAAGGCACAGUGGACCUGGCUACAAUAUUAAGGCCACUGUCUACUGUAGAAAAUACCACACUAUUAUUAGAAGUUUUAACUGUGAUACCUGAAGAAUAUAACAGCAUGACAAUGGGUUCAGCAUUGAGGAGCAGGAACCGCACCGCUCUGCAGCAGGCUUGCCCGGCUGUUUUAGAUGAUAUGCUCCGAUGUUUACAAACUGUAUACAAUACGGAGUACACCAAAGAGCCUCCAUCCGAGCAGACAGUGCAGUCCUGGGUGACGGCAGCUACUUGCGCUUGCAGCUGGCUCACACUAGGAGGGGAGGAUGCGGCCGAACACGCAUCAGGAGCCCUACCUGAUAGAAUGCCCCUCUGUCGUGCGUUGUUGGCCGUUGUGCAACUGUUGUAUACAUGGAAUCCAGCAGUAAGCGACACGCCGCUGGACGCGUGUGAAGCGUGUUUAUCAGCUGUGCGUGCAGCGGGAGGGACGACGGCGGCAUCACACUACCCCGCCUCAGCGCUGCAGCUGCUGAGCGAUCUAGCGGCACUGGCAGCGCCUCUCAUGGCAAGAGACAACGUGCCCAACUCCAUCAAUGAGGAGCUACUAGCAGCACUUAUAACCUGCUGCGUCUCCCUGGGCGAGUGCCACGCUCACGCACUAGUGCAGGCGGCGGAGGGGGACAACGUGGAGGGGUCGGGGGGAGCGAGGCAGCUUAUCGAGCUGGUAUUAGCAGCUCAGGCGGCGCCCGGACACUAUCCGCUGCAUGAGACGAGGUCUAACCUCACGUUCGGCUUCUGGUAUACUAUACAGGAUGAAAUACUAAACCUAAUGGAUAGAACGCACGACAUCCACCCAGUAUGGCGGGAGGUAUUCUCUCGUCUCCUAGCAACGCUGGUCACCAAGUCUUCCGCGCCCAAUGACGUCACGCUUUCCAAAGAUGAUCUCGAGUUGUUAAGGUGUUAUCGACAGGAUAUCGCUGAUACUGUGAUGUACUGCUACGGCGUCCUAGGCGAGUGGUGCUGGACGACGGUAGAAGCCGCGUACUCCGCGGCGACCAAUGAGAGUGGUCGAGAGGCGGCGCUUCACGUGUUCGCGGCUCUGGCCGACGCCGCCCCCGCGCAGCGAGCCCCGCCCCCUCUCGUGGCGCUCAUACAUCACGCUCUCAAUGUAGCACAUACUUCCACUAACAAACGUAUGCUCAACACCGCGCUGGAUUGUCUUGGUGGUUACGCGUCCUGGGUGAGCUCAGUGAGCGAGGCCCGCGAGCUGGGCCGCGCCUGCGUCCGCGCAGCCGGCGCCGCGUUGCCGCGCUGCCCGCCCGCCGCGGCGCUGGCGCUGCGCAAGCUAGCGGCUGACUGCAGUGCCCCGGCUGCGGCGUUAGCGCCUGAUAUUGUGCAGGCCGCUCAGACAUUCGAGAGCAGCGCGGGUCGGUCAGACGCGUGGGUGCGGCGCCAGCUAGUCGCGGCGGCGGGCGCGGCGCUCGCGGCUGCCGAGCCUGAUGCGGCCGGACCUUUACUAAGACCUCUCGCACACUCGCUCAGAGACGACCUGGCUACACAGGGCUCAGCAGGGUCCGGCGACAGCAAGUCCCGCGCGGCUGGCGCGGCGGAGUGUUGCGCCGCACUGCUGGCCGCGCUGGCGCCGCAGUCGGUGCUGGCCGCCGCGCUGUUCCGCACUAUAGCACCCGCGCUACCGCCUUAUGCUAACGAUCCUGCACUAGUGGAGCCAAUGUUCUACAUACUGAGACAGACAGUGUCGUCUCUGAUCGACGACUGCAUGCCGCUAGUGUCGGACAUCGCUCAGCUGAUCGUAGCCGGCUUCAACACAUAUCCCUGCGCUUCGGGACUUGAUGUCGUUAAACUGGUGGUACUAGCUCUAGGCAGCGAGUGGUCAGACGCCCGCGCUCUCCUGCAAGCAAGCGUCUCCGCUAGCGUACGGGCUCUGGCCCCCGACCCCUCCGCCCGGCCAGACCUUACCGAGGGACUCUUCACGCUACUGCAGGCCGUCACUAAGAAGAAACCCCAGUUUGUCGACUGGUUGGAAGAUCUGCUGCCGGAUUUAGUCGAAUUAGCAUGCGGCUGCGUCCGCAUGUGGGAGGUGGCCGGUUCUCGUGCAGCAUGCGGCUGGCUGUCGGCGCUGGCGGCGCAGCGGCCGCUGUGUCUGCAGCCACGAGCCCCCGCGCUCACUGCCGCCGCACUCUCCUGCAUCGGAGGAGCAACCCCCCGCAACCAGAUCGAGCCGCUAGCGGAACUCCUGCUGUCGCUGAACCGCGCGUCGUGGCGGGACGCGGAGCUGGCGGGCUGGCUGCGGGCGGCGCUGGCGGCGCCGGGCUUCCCCACGCCGCAUGCCACCGACCCGCACAAGCACAAGUUCAUACAGGCUGUUGUUAAGGAGAAGAGCAGUAAGCGACGGUUGCUAGAGACGGUGCAAGAGUUCUCUCUAGUCUGCCGCGGCCUCGUGGACACAGAGUACGCGAGACAGACUCUCGCCUCCAAGCAACUAGUGGCGUGAACACAACAUAUCUAAACGUUGAAUAUCAACCUCGCCCCUACAGGGACACUACUAACAAACUGUUAUACACACAUCAUUGUUAUGUUUUCCUAUCGCUUAUAAAUCACUUAAUGAAAUAAUUUUAUUGCAAAACUACAUCAGUAGGGUAUUUAAUAAUAUUGUAAAAACUUUACAUUGUAAAUAAUUCAUGAAAUCGUGAUAUCAUCUGUAUAUAGCCGUAAGGAUGUCUUUUUAGAGAUCUAAAGUAAAUAAAAAUAGCAAAAAAUA